UGAAAGGUCAGCGCUGUGGCGCGCUUGCGCGAGCGUCUGUUUUCCCACACAGUGGUUUUCUCCAUGUCAGUUCCGGAUGAUUUUUGCUGUGGGACAGAAUUAAACUAAAAGAAACCCUGGAAUUGGUGACCGGAGUCGGGUUUAAAACGGUUCCCAACAUGCUGGCCACAGGAGCGGCAGUGAGCACCACGAUGGCACAGGUGGAUCGGGAGAAGAUUUACCAGUGGAUCAACGAGCUGUCGAGCCCGGAGACCCGUGAGAACGCCCUUCUGGAGCUCAGCAAGAAGCGCGAGUCUGUCACCGACCUGGCCCCCAUGCUCUGGCACUCGUGCGGCACCAUCGCGGCACUCCUUCAGGAAAUCGUAAACAUCUACCCCUCGAUUAACCCCGCCACGCUGACGGCUCACCAGUCCAACAGAGUCUGUAACGCCCUGGCGCUGCUGCAGUGUGUGGCCUCGCACGUGGAGACACGCUCGGCCUUCCUGGCGGCCCACAUCCCCCUGUUCCUCUACCCCUUUCUUCACACCGCCAGUAAAACCAGACCCUUCGAGUAUCUUCGCCUCACCAGCCUGGGAGUCAUCGGAGCACUGGUGAAGACAGAUGAACAAGAAGUGAUUAACUUCCUGUUGACGACAGAGAUCAUUCCCCUGUGCCUGAGGAUCAUGGAGACGGGCAGUGAACUUUCCAAAACGGUUGCAACAUUCAUUUUGCAGAAGAUCUUGCUGGAUGACACGGGCCUGGCCUACAUCUGCCAAACCUACGAACGCUUCUCUCACGUGGCCAUGAUCCUGGGAAAGAUGGUGCUGCAGCUGUCGAAGGAGCCGUCAGCCCGACUGUUAAAGCAUGUGGUGCGCUGCUACCUGCGUCUCUCUGAUAACUCCAGGGCGAGAGAAGCUCUUCGUCAGUGUUUACCAGACCAGCUGAAGGACACGACGUUCGCACAGGUUCUGAAGGACGACACUACCACAAAGCGCUGGCUCGCUCAACUCGUCAAAAACCUGCAGGAAGGACAGGUCACAGACCCACGUGGCAUCCCUCUACCUGCACAAUAACACACACACACACACACACACUUCUGACACAUGUCUUGAUGAAAUGAAUUUUUUUUUUAUGAUCACACGCACGCAGUGGACUGUUCUCGUGCACGAGGCUCUUACACACGAGUGAUGCAGCCAAUAUUUAACAAGUUUAAAGUGGGGAUUAAAUCUGCUGGCUGUUUACUCCAAAACAA